AUGGCUGCAAAGGCUCCACCUGCAAAAGCUGAAACUCCACCGAAAGAUUUUGCAAUCACCUCGGCACCAUUCUACACCGACUGUCUCUGCUGCCGCAAAAACUUCGAAUCGUUGAAGAUGACUCUGCUCACCGGCGCCGCCAAAUCAAGAAUGAAGGUUCAAGAUGCUAUGCAAGACCCAAUCGUGGUCUUCUCGCGUCCAGAGAAACUCGACUGCGAGGACUGCGAAGGCCUCAAAGUUCGGUUUAACGAACUUCUGGCUUCGAUGUACCUCAUCGAGAAGGACCAAGAGGGAUUUAUCAACUUGACCUGCAUCGUUCCAGCCGCGUUGUACUUGAUGAAGGGAACCGCUCCAAUGAAUCAUCUCAUCCCUGCUCAAUACCAAACCAACUUCCGUCUCAUUAUUUAG